UCCGCACGGAGCAGAAGCACGCCCUCAGAGGGCAGGACCCCUGUUGCACACCUGCUGGGCAGGAAGGAGAUUUUCAGCCAACCUCCCAGCCCGGCUGACGCUCACGGCCCAAGGCGGCCAACCCACACUCCGGACAGAGCCAGUGGGGAGCCAGGCAGAGCCCUCCCUGGAGAUCUGGGCAUCAGGAAGCCUGCCCCCCGCCCUGCCAGCUCCCCACGGGGCCCUAGGAGCUCAGCUCUGAGGAUGGAGUCAGAAGGGACAUCCUCAACAACCCAUGCUCCCGGUGCUGUCCUGGGGGAGCCAGAUGCUGGGCCUGGCUGCGCAUCCCUGGAGCUCUCGAGGGCCGACCCAGGGAAGCUCCAAGGACUGCCACUCGGGCCGAGAGCCCAUGGCAAGGACCCUGACCUUGGGAGCCCUGGCACCCCAACCACCUCAGGGGAUGGCCCCCUGGACCUAGGGCCCUUGGGGGGGCCCAACGGUGGUGCUAAGCUCCCUAACCGGGACAGCGGGAUUGACAGCCCGUCGUGCAGUGUGGUCAGUGAGCAGUUCCCCUGUGAGGAGGGUGUCGAGGCCAGCCGGGGCCCCGCAGUCCUGGGCCACCUGGAGGCAUCCCCAGAAGGCGAGGCCGUGCAGGAGGCGGCCAAUAGCGAUGUGGGCGAAGGUAACAGUGAGGAGCCUGACCCCAAGAGCAGCCCCCUGAGGGCCCCUGUGGACCCAGUCAAGUGCCCCAAGUCCCAGAAGCUGCUCCACAUUGCCCAGGAGCUCCUGCACACCGAGGAGACGUACGUGAAGCGGCUACACCUGCUGGACCAGGUUUUCUGCGCCCAGCUGGUGGAAGCAGGCAUUCCAUCGGAGGUCACCACAGGCAUCUUCUCCAACAUCUCCUCCAUCUAUCGCUUCCAUGGGCACUUCCUCCUGCCCGAGCUGCAGACACGGAUAACGCAGGAAUGGGACACAAACCCCCGGCUCGGGGACAUCCUGCAGAAGCUGGCCCCAUUCCUCAAGAUGUAUGGCGAGUAUGUCAAGAACUUUGACCGGGCCGUGGAGCUGGUUAGCACCUGGACCCAGCGCUCACCACUGUUUAAGGACAUUGUGCAGAGCAUCCAGAAGCAGGACGUGUGUGGGAACCUGACGCUGCAGCACCACAUGCUGGAGCCCGUGCAGAGGGUCCCACGCUACGAGCUGCUGCUCAAGGACUAUCUGAAGAGGCUCCCGAGAGACGCCCCUGACUGGAAGGAUGCAGAAAGGUCCUUGGAGCUCAUCUCUACCGCUGCCAACCACUCCAAUGCCGCCAUUCGGAAAAUGGAGAAAAUGCACAAGCUCCUGGAGGUGUACGAGCGACUGGGUGGGGAGGAGGACAUCGUCAAUCCCGCCAACGAGCUGAUCAAGGAGGGCCCCAUCCAGAAGUUGUCAGCCAAGAGUGGCUCAGCACAGGACCGCCACCUCUUCCUGUUCAACAGCAUGAUCCUUUACUGUGUGCCCAAACUGCGGCUCAUGGGCCAGAAGUUCAGUGUCCGGGAGAAGAUGGACAUUUCAGGCCUCCAGGUGCAGGAUAUCGUCAAGCCAAAUGCAGCGCACACGUUCAUCAUAAAGGGAAGGAAACGGUCCCUGGAGCUGCAGACCCGGACAGAAGAGGAGAAAAAAGAAUGGAUUCAGGUCAUCGAGGACACCAUAGAGAGGCACAAGCAGAACAGCCAGACCUUCAAGGCCUUCAGUAGCUCCUUUGGCCAGGAUGAGGACCCAUCCCUCCCUCCAAAUCCUUCUGUGGUGAGUGCCAGCCCUGAGGAGCCUGCCCUGGCAGCCAGUGGUGGAGGGGGUGUUGCAGGGCUCGAGUCCAGGAGAGGGUCUGCUAAGACCGGGCGCGACAAGGAGAAGCUGGGCUGCAGGAGCUGCGGCGAGGCCUUCAACUCCAUCACCAAGAGGAAGCACCGGUGCAAGCUGUGUGGGGUGGUCAUCUGUGGGAAGUGCUCUGAGUUCAAGGCUGAGAAUGGCAGGCAGAGCCGGGUCUGCCGAGGGUGUUUCCUGACGCAGCGGGCGGUACCUGAGAGCCCCAGCCCCGAGGUGGCACCUGAGGAGCCCAAGCACAGCACAGAGGGGCCAGCGGCUGUUGACCCCCAGCCCAGCCUGCUCUGCGGCCACCUGCAGGUGUCGGACAGUGGUGCAGCCUGGAGCGAGGUGUGGGCCACCAUCCCAGCCUCAGACCCCCUGGAGCUGGUGCUGCACCUGCAGGAAGACAGCCAGGAUGGCUGGCCACCACGCACCAUCCCCCUCUCUGGCUGCACAGUGAGUGUGUUGGACCCCACGGAGAGGCCAGACUCCAGGCAUGUGUGGCGGCUGCAGCGGGGCCAGCAGUCCUUGUACCUGAGCACCCCGUCAGCGGACCUGCAGCAGCGGUGGCUGGAGGCCCUGAGUGCAGCUGCCCGCGGGGACCCGGGCCUGGUGGCCCUGUGAGCUGAGCCUCCGGCAGGUGUCCCAGCUCUGAAGCCACCCCAGCAGGGCCUGUGCUCACCUGGGAGGUGGUGUCUGAGACUACGUACAGGCUUUGUACAGGUGUGGGGGGCUCCCGGCCCCCUGGGGGCAGACAGGCCACAAGGCACUUGACCCUGGAGGGACCUCUGAAGAGGAGGAAAUGGGCCCAGCCACCCAGCAUGUGUCCGCGAGGAGCCCAGCUCUGCCCCGAGCCCCAGCAGUGUGGCCUGGCCAGGGUAUGGCCUGUCAGGUGUGGGGCACCCAGCUCCAGAGGCAGAAGGAGCAUCCUGGGGGUGCCUGGGGACCCCCUUUGAGGUGGAGGUCUGCGGUCAUGCCUGCCCCCCCAUACCAUCUGUACUGUGCAAGCUGGACUGACUGACCCCGGACUCCACCUCCCUCCUGUCCACUCCUGGCCCUGAAACCCACCUCCCCAUUUGGGGGGGUCAUUGGUCACGUGGGGCAUCCCUGUGGGGUGUACCUGAGAAGCCCAGCGGAGGCCCUUGGGCCUGCCCCUGCCUCAUGUGGGGCCCGACAUCUGUGUCUGUCUCCCCCCGCUGGCAGCAGGCAGUGCUUGUCUGUGGAAAUAAAUGCUGGCAGCCA